CCGCCUUAACAACAUUGCGUCUCUCUGAUUGCAAUAUCCUUAUAUCCCCAAGCCAAGCAAGCUUGUAGACUACAUGUCAUUGUUUGUAAACCUUUUUCAUGCUAAAACAUCGUUUGGUUUGUGGCGAAAACAAAACCAUUUCACUUUGAACUCGUUCAUCUUCUAUUGCUGUUUUUUGUUUUUUUGUUUUUUUCUCUCUCUCUAACUUCCCAGGGAUUUUCUUGGUCUUUCUGGCACCAAAUGGGGAAGGGAAUGAGGUGGGAUUCGAAACCUUUAUCAUUGCACUACAAACACAAUCAUAUCUUCGUGAAGUUUGGUGUCUCAAUUCUCUUAUUGGGUCUCGCUUUUCGCCUUUUCUCCUCUGAUUCAAUCAGAAUUUCUUCAGUCCUAGAAGAGACUCACACACCACCUCUUGCAGAAGCAGAGCCAAAAACAGAGUCCCCUGUUGUUUCUCAACCAAUUCAACCGCCUCUUACUUCUCUUUUUCCUGAAAAUGAAACUCAAACAUCUGAGAUUGUUGCAGAAAAAUGUGACAUUUUCAUGGGAGAUUGGAUUGCUGAUGAAUCAGGUCCAGCAUACACUAAUGAGAGCUGCCAUGUGAUUGAGGGUCAUCAAAAUUGUAUGAGUAAUGGACGUCCUGAUUCAGGUUACCUGUACUGGAGGUGGAAUCCAUGGAACUGUAAAUUACCAAGGUUCAAUUCUGAGAGAUUUCUUGAUCUUAUGAGGAAUAAGUCAUGGGCCUUUAUUGGUGAUUCCAUCUCUCGUAACCAUGUCCAGUCAUUUCUUUGCAUCCUCUCUCAGUUUCGCUUUGAACGAAGUCUUCAGGUUAGAAAAAGGGAAGAAAGAAACACGGGAGACCAAAGCUUACAUUUGCUCUAUUUUCGUGUGGUGGAACAAGCAGUUGAGGUCUACCACGAUGAGGAAUACCGGUCCAAAAGAUGGCACUUUCCUUCUCACAACUUCACUCUUUCUGUAAUUUGGACCCCUUUCCUCAUUAAAGCAGCUAUCUUUGAGGACUUGAAUGGAGUUUCUUCAUCAGAAAUCCAGUUAUAUCUUGACAAACUUGAUGAAAAAUGGACCGAACAAUAUAAAGAUUUUGAUUAUGCAGUAAUUGCUGGUGGAAAAUGGUUUCUCAAAACAGCAAUUUAUCAUGAGAACAAUAACAUCACAGGCUGUCAUUACUGCCCUGGAAAGAACUUGACAGAACUAGGAUUUGACCAUGCAUAUCGCAAGGCCCUUCAGCUGGUUCUCAACUUCAUUACAAGCAACGACCAUAAGGCAUUUGUUUUCUUCAGAACUACGACCCCAGACCAUUUUGAGAAUGGUGAAUGGUUCAGCGGAGGAAACUGCAAUAGAACCAUGCCGUUCAAAGAGGGUGAGGUUGAUAUGCGUGAUACAGACACUAUAAUGCGUGACAUUGAAUUGGAAGAGGCUGAAAAAGCUGUCGAAGUUGGGUCUGGAAAUGGGGUGAUCUUGAAGCUAUUAGAUACAACCCGCCUUUCAGUAUUAAGGCCUGAUGGGCACCCAGGACCCUACAGGCAAUUCCAACCUUUUGCAAAGGACAAGAAUGCUGAAGUUCAGAAUGACUGUCUUCAUUGGUGCUUGCCUGGGCCAAUAGAUUCUUGGAAUGACUUGUUGAUGGAAUUGGUGGUGAAUGGUGAAAAAUAUAGAUGAUCAUUUUUCUUGGCCUUGGCUUAUCUGGCUUUUCAAGAUCCCUUGCUAUUAUUGAUUUUGAACAUUUGAGAGGAGGUAGCCUUCAUUGUGUUCUCCAGAAAUGGUUCUCUGCACGCUGAUUUAUAUAUGAAAGCUGCUAGCUAGAGAGUCAUUGGCCACACAAUGCAUAGAUUGUGCAUUACAGAAUUAUAUUUUUUUGCCACACCUUUUUUUUUUUUUUUUUUUUGCCACACCUUGAUUGUUACAACUCCUUUUGUUUCUUGGUAAAUAAAGAUAAAGUAGUGUUUUAA